AUGCAGUGUUCAAUUCCUUUGACUUACUCUGGAUCUCUGCAUCAUCUGUAUAGGAAUGUAUAGGACGUUCCUAACCCUUUACAUUUAUCAGGAGUUGACUUGAAAAUGACUUGCGUAGUCAGACUGAGUGGUUCCUUAUGAUUCCAGACAUGUUCUAAUGUUCCUCUCUGAUCCUCUCUGAAGCUCUACUGUUCUACUGGGUCUUGGCCUUUCUGAUGAAGACCAUCAAGUUUGCCAAGUACACGGAGCACGGCAUCGGCCUGAGACAACUCCGCUACUGCAUCACAGGACUCCUGGUCCUGCUCUACGGACUACUGCUGGCUGUGGAGAUCAACGUCAUACUGGGCAGGGUGAGCACCAGUGUGUGUGGGAGUGGAAUGGAAUAUGUGUGUGUGCCCAUGUAUUUGUGUGUGUGUAUUUGUGUGUACCUUUUUGUGUGUAUCAUCCUAGAGUGAGGAGUGUGUGUGUGUGUGUGUGUGUGUGUGUGUGUGUGUGUGUGUGUGUGUGUGUGUGUGUGUGUGUGUGUGUGUGUGUGUGUGUGUGUGUGUGUGUGUGUGUGUGUGCACGCACGUACAUACGUGCAAGCAUACAUUUGUGUGUAUGCAUCGAUUUUCCUCAGUGUGACUGGCGGCCAUCUCUUUCCUGUCUUUCCUGUGUCUUUCAAUCUAGCAUUUUGGAUGCUCCUGCACAUUGGAUGAUCAGUAUUGCUGCCUACAGGUCUGCUCAUUAGGCUGAUAGAUCAGGCAGAAUGUGCUGGACUGUUGUGACGAGUGGGACCUUGUAGUUACAUGUAACAAGGUCAUAUUCUCUUAACCUGCUGUGUAAGUUCUCCUAAACAUGCUCCGAAAAGUCAAUUUUGAAAAAAGAUGUAACCCUUCUAGAAAAAACCUUGUUUUGGGGCAGAGCUCAUUAGAAUAAUACUCAGCAUUCAAUUGUCCAUUUUUACAAACACAUUUAUAUUUAGUCCAUUUAGCAGACGCUCUGAUCACACCAUAGUGCCAUCAGACUUCUGAUACCAAUGCAGGGUGAAAGGUGGGCCACAAAAUGGUGAACCUCAAUAAAAAAUGUGUAUAGAAAAGUAUUUUGUAUUUCGAAAAUACAAAUUACAGCUCUCGAAAGUAUCUUGUUACAAAAUGAUACAGGGAGGCUUUGCCAAGGUAUUGAUACUUUUGCCAACCCGUUAUCAUGCAACCCAUAAUUUAAUACACAACAGAGCCAACUUCACAGUCAAAUACUCUUCAUCACCCAUAAUGAUCAGACACUAUCUGUGAUAUCCAGUGGAGCACAGGCCAACAAGAUAAUUAACCAUUAUCUCUUCAAAACUUGGAUUAAGUAAGUGUUUCUGAAACUGGAUGUACGUUAGCAAAUAGUUGCAUAGUUCAUUGCAUUGUUCACAUUUGUAUGAGAAAAAGUGAAUUUUUCUCCCUCUGUCCCUCCACACAGCGCUACCUAUGUUUCACUGAGGCUAUGGAGGUGAAGCCCCCAGAGGACCUGCAGGACCUGGGGGUGCGGUUCCUGCAGCCCUUCGUCAACCUGCUGUCCAAGGCCACCUACUGGUGGAUGAACACCUUCAUCACGGCAGCCCACCACCGCCCCAUCGACCUCAAGGUCAUCGGCAAGCUGCCCAUCGCCAUGCGAGCCCUCACCAACUAUCUGAAGCUCCGCAAGGCUUUCGAGAGCCAGAGGGUAAAGGUAGUAAUACUACUUUACUUCUCUCACACCAAGCAUGUGAGAGAAAGACAGACAGAUGAGAGAGCGAGAGAGAGAGAGAGAGAUGAGGAGUGUGGAGAGAGAGAGAGAGAGAGAGAAGAGAUAGAGAGAGAUAGAGAGAGAGUAGGAUAGAGAGAUGAGAUGAUAUCCUAUAUUCUACGACUCUAGCGCAUACUCUCUAUAUCUCUCCGCACUAUCAGAGUCUAUAUAGAAACAUAACACACUAAAACGUGUUCAACACUGCCCACUCACAAAUUUAAGCCAAUUUGAGGUGUACAUAAUGUGAAUUUUUUCAAGGCUACCUUCAAACUCAGUGCCUCUUUGCUUGAACAUCAUGUGAAAAUCCAAAGAAAUCAGCCAAGACCUCAGAAAAAAUAUAUUACACCUCCACAAGUCUGGUUCAUCCUUGGGAGCAAUUUCCAAAUGCCUGAAGGUACCACGUUCAUCUGUACAAACAAUAGUACGCAAGUAGAAACACCAUGGGACCACGCAGCCGUCAUACUGCUCAGGAAGGAGACGCGUUCUGUCUCCUAGUACUUUGGUGCGAAAAAUGCAAAUCAGUCCCAGAAAAACAGCAAAGGACCUUGUGAAGAUGCUGGAGGAAGCAGGUACAAAAGUAUCUAUAUCCGCAGUAAAAGGAGUCCUGUAUCGACAUAACCUGAAAGGACGCCCAGCAAGGAAGAAGCCACUGCUCCAAAACCGGCAUAAAAAAGCUAGACUACGGUUUGCAACUGCACAUGGGGACAAAGAUCGUACUUUUUGGAGAAAUGUCCUCUGGUCUGAUGAAACAAAAAUAGAACUGUGUGGCCAUAAUGACCAUCGUUAUGUUUGUAGGAAAAAGGGGGAUGCUUGCAUGCCGAAGAACACCAUCCCAACUGUGAAGCACGGGGGUGGCAGAAUCAUGCUGUGGGGGGGCUUUGCUGCAGGAGGGACUGGUGCACUUCACAAAAUAGAUGGCAUCAUGAGGAAGGAAAAUUAUGUGGAUAUAUUGAAGCAACAUAAGAAGACAUCAGUCAGGAAGUUAAAGCUUGGUCGCAAAUGGGUCUUCCAAAUGAACAAUGACCCCAAGCAUACUUCCAAUGUUGUGGCAAAAUGGCUUAAGGACAACAAAGUCAAGGUAUUGGAGUGGCCAUCACAAAGCCCUAACCUCAAGCCUAUAGAAAAUAUGUGGGCAGAACUGAAAAAGCGUGUGCGAGCAAGAAGGCCUACAAACCUGACUCAGUUACACCAGCUCUGUCAGGAGGAAUGGGCCAAAAUUCACUCAACUUAUUGUGGGAAGCUUGUGGAAGGCUACCCAAAACGUUUAACCCAAGUCAAACAAUUUAAAGGCAACGCUACCAAAUACUAAUUGAGUGUAUGUAAACUUCUGACCCACUGGGAAUGUGAUGAAAGAAAUAAAAGCUGAAAUAAAUUAUUCUCUCUACUAUUUUUCUGACAUUUCACAUUCUUAAAAUAAAGUGGUGAUCCUAACUGACCUAAGACAGGGAAUUUGUACUAGGAUUAAAUGUCAGGAAUUGUGAAAAACUGAGUUUAAAUGUAUUUGGCUAAGGUGUAUGUAAACUUCCGACUUCAACUGUAUAUCCAUGAAACUGGAAAGUUUCGGAAGUGAAUGUGAAGUAUCAGAAGCAGAAGAAUCAAAUCUGGUUUAUUUAUACAUUUUUUGUUUAUUUAUGUAUGUAUCUGCCCUCGUGCUCUCUGCAUCAAAGAGCCUGACGAGAGGCUGCCUCCAAGCCAAUCACCCCCUAGAGAGGAGUUGGAAAACCAGGAGGACACCAUGAUUAUUUACCUCUCUGCAGCCCAAAGUAGCUAGAUGUUGUCCCCGAUCUUCACUAACAAUACAUGUGUAAACAUCACACAACGCAUUCAUGUCAGCGGGGUUGACUACAGUAAAUGUUUGGCCUUCAUGCAUUAUACAUGGAGGGUUUCAACCUUUUGAGAUCGGACAAACUAUUUGACUGCACACAAACACUUGAAUGCCUGAAUGCCUGAAUUCCCGAAUGCCUGAAUGCUGGUGUACUUUCAGAUCUGAACGAACCUCUUCUGUGAGGUCCCAUUGUGCGGUGUGCCGAUGCCACAGUAGCCUGAGUCAUUAGGACUGAAGUCAGGAGAUGGCAUGUUGGGAGGACAUCAUUACUACUGAAAAGCACGAGAACCACGCUCUUCUCCUUCUCCCCUCAGUAAACACUGAAUUCCAUUAAACACUGAAAGCCAUUAAACACUGAAAGCCAUUCAACACUGAAUAUCAUUAUACACUGAAUCCUAUUAAACACUGAAUCCUAUUAAACACAGAAUUUCAUUAAACACAGAAUUUCAUUAAACAGUGAAUUCCAUUCAACACUGAAUUCCAUUCAACACUGAAUUCUAUUAAACAGUGAAUUCCAUUCAACACUGAAUUCUAUUAAACACUGAAUUCUAUUAAACAGUGAAUUCCAUUCAACACUAAAUUCCAGGUUCCAUGCAGGUUUCUAUUCUGUAGAUGUAAUUGGCUCCUGAUCGCCUUGGGUAUGCAGGUUUUUGUUCCAGCUAAUUAUCUUUUCAUGUUCCUUUAACAGCCUUUUGAUGAGUGGCCUUGUUUUGCUUGUGUAAGAAACCCACAGGGAAUAGCCACACUGUGUGUGGGAGGAGACUGACUGUGAGAACCGCUGCAAGAGUCCAAUUAACUCAGGUUCCUUAAUUGGAACUUGGGUAAGACUGUACAUGGACAUUUUACUUUUCACUGUUUUACCUGAUACAACCAUGAUGUCCUUCCUCUUGCAGAGGCCUCUGGGCUCCAUGCCGCAGGGCCCUAAGUGGAUCUGGAGGGCCCUACGCCAGGCAUUUGGACGGCCCCUCAUCAUCAGCAUCACCUUCCGCUUCCUGGCUGACCUGCUGGGCUUCGCUGGGCCCCUCUGUAUCUCUGGCAUCGUCCAUCACAUCAGCAAGGACAACCGCACCAUACAGCCCCCGGUGAGAAGACAUUAUGCGUACACCAGCGGAGGCUGCUGAGGGGAGGAUGGCUCAUAGUAAUGGCUGGAAUGGAGUCAAUAGAAUGGUAUCAACCACAUGCAAACCACAUGUUUGAUACCAUUCCGUUGACUCCAUUCCAGGCAUUAUUAUGAGCCGUCCUACCCUCAGCCGCCUCCGCUGACGGCAAGGAGACACACGCACGCACGGAUGCACGCACACACUCACACACGCUCACUGUUGAGAGAGUGAGAGAGACAGAUAUCCCAUGAGCUCCUGACUUUCAAAAGGUCAAGGCCUGUAUCCACAAAGCAUCUCAGAAAAGGUCUUAGGAAUCCUGUUAAAACCUGUUUUAAGACAACAACAAAAAACUCCCAGCUCAGAGUAGGUUUUAGGAUGAUGUUAAGGCACUGCUCAGACAAACUCAGAGUCAGGAGUAAAACCAACUCAUAAAAAUUUAUCUCAGCUGGUAAUCACGACAGUUUGAGGUACCGCAAAGGAAAGCUGUUGAUGAAUUUCAUUGACAUUAUUGCAAAUUAUGGGGAAUAACCAAUCGCAAUGAGGCAUCAACAGCUAUGAACUCUAUAGCACGCUUCAGACAACCACAGUGAAUGUGACUUUACAUCAAAUGUUGCAAUAAAACGUUUGAUAUAAUAUUCGCCUGACACGAUCACUUUGCCUACUAAUUAUUGCCUAAUACUGUAUGUUGGCAUGCAUAACCGUUUUAAAAAAAAACAAUUCUGAAAGUUGUUAAAAGUGGAAUUUUUACAAUAAUUACCAUUCUAUCAACACACUCGUCACGCACGUUUAACAACUCUAAAUCACUUUGGCACAGUAGGCAUCAAGUCACUUGCCGAUAAUGUUGAAUACAACCUUGCAUACUUUUUUAUUUUUGUAUUUAUUUUUUUAUUUAACCUUUAUUUAACCAGGUAAGCCAGUUGAGAACAAGUUCUCAUUUACAACUGCGACCUGGCCAAGAUAAAGCAAAGCAGUGCGAUAAAAACAACAACACAGAGUUACAUAUGGGGUAAAACAAAACAAAGUCAAAAAUACAACAGAAAAAAUAUAUAUACAGUGUGUGCAAAUGUAGCAAGUUAUGGAGGUAAGGCAAUAAAUAGGCUAUAGUGCAAAAUAAUUACAAUUAGUAUUAACACUGGAAUGCUAGAUGUGCAAGAGAUGAUGUGCAAAUAGAGAUACUGGGGUACAAAUGAGCAAAAUAAAUAACAAUAUAGGGAUGAGGUAGUUGGGCGGGCUAAUUUCAGAUGGGCUGUGUACAGGUGCAGUGAUCGGUAAGGUGCUCUGACAACUGAUGCUUAAAGUUAGUGAGGGAGAUAAGUGUCUCCAGCUUCAGAGAUUUUUGCAAUUUGUUCCAGUCAUUGGCAGCAGAGAACUGGAAGGAAUGGCGGCCAAAGGAGGUGUUGGCUUUGGGGAUGACCAGUGAGAUAUACCUGCUGGAGCGCAUACUACGGGUGGGUGUUGCUAUGGUGACCAAUGAGCUAAGAUCAGGCAGGGAUUUGCCUAGCAGUGAUUUAUAGAUGGCCUGGAGCCAGUGGGUUUGGCGAUGAAUAUGUAGUGAGGACCAGCCAACAAGAGAAAUGUUUGAAAGGUCUAUAAUAUUUACACAAUCAAGGUUAACAUAAGCCCCUAGAUGCCUUCAAUUUCCCAACUUAUAGGCAUGCCCAAUUUAGACAUAUUUUUAACAACGUGAUGUUGUGCUCCAAAUGGAUAACUUGAAAAAACAUGAUGUAGGUAAUUAAAUAAUGGAAAUAAAAGAAUGUGAUUAUUUAUUAGCCUAGUGGUUAUAAGUAUGUAGGCAUAUCAUGUGAAAUCAUUGUCUAAAGCGCAAGAGAUACUGUUGCAUGUAAGUCUGGAUUAUUUAUGGUUUGAUCAUAUAGAAAUAUAAAAACAUUGUUUCAACAACUCCAAAGCAGUUGCCUGUCUAUGGCAGAGGAACCACUGACUUGCUGCAUUUUUCUAUUAUCAAGACACCUGCUGGUAACUCCUAACUGGUUAGGACUGGUGGGACUCCUAAAUAUCAAUCAAUCAAUCCAAUUUAUUUAUAAAGCCCUUUUUUUUUUUACAUCAGCAGAUGUCACAAAGUGCUAUACAGAAACCCACCUAAAACCCCAAACAGCAAGCAAUGCCGACUAGGUGUGACUUAUACUAAGAGCUUCAUGAUAGCUUUAUUUUUACCAUAAUGUAGAGUAAACGUCUCUUUCUCGCACUUACACCAGUUCUCUACUCUGAGACGCUUUGUGGAUACAGGCCCAGGUUUCCAUUCUGAUAUGACAUUUACUUUCCUCCUCCAGCAUAAUGGAGGAUAGUGCACAAUUAAUAUAAAGACACAUUAAAUAUAUUAAACAUAAUUAAUUCAUUAGAUAAUCUAAAUGUGUAAUUAAUGUUCUUAAUUAUCAAAUCGAUUCAUUUAGUAAAAAAUAUAAUUAUUUCACUAUUUACAUUUACAUUCCUGAGCUUGCGGAUUCAGAUACUAAAACUGACGACCACAAAGUCAGUGGCGGGGCUACGCGAUCUAGUCGAUCAUGCUUUGUCAAUGAGUAGGCCUGGAUAAGACAGGAGGAUCUCGUGACUUUCCGGGAGUGUAAGACUUUUAAACUUGCAGAGGAUUGAAGAUGACUGCUGAUUAUCCGAAUUGAUUGUCUUGGCUCAGAGGGUAACCCCGUAGUUCCUACCAACUUUUGAUGGUCGUUUGACAGUUUAGUAUCAGGACACUCCAACGCAGGAUCCAUGACAUAAUUAAUAUAAAUAUUAUAUGUAUUUUACAAAAAUGAAUCGAUUUGAUAAUUAUGACACAUUUAAUAACCCAUUAUGUAUUUAUUCUAGAUAUUUGACACUUAAGUAUUAUUUAAUGUGUAUUUAUUGAUUUAAUGUGGCACUAGCCUCAUACAGCCAACGUCCUCAAAGGUGAAAUCCUUGAGGCUAAUGACUGGCAGCCUCACUGUGCUGCUGUCUGUUUGUCUGUCUGGCUCUCUGACUCCUCUCUAAUUCCACUCAGAGCAGGACACGGACGCAUCUGUCAGAUCUCCUGUACUGACCCCAUUCAGAUCCCCUCUCCUGCUGUAAUGAUAGAUCCUCAGUUAUUGGUUUGAAAGUUGCGUAGUGGAAUAUUGCUGAUUUGUCUCAGUAACUGUAAAAGGCUGUGUGUUCUGUAGCUCCUCAUAGAAGGCAAAUAAGGUAUGCCCUCUCCUGAAGAAAAGGCAUUUGAUGAUUUUGUUUGAAUGUCACUGAGUUAGUUACACAAUAUAAUUUCUAAUAGGGGAGCUGAUUUGGAAACAUUGGGUGGCCAUGUCAUCUGUAGUCACUCAUAGAAGUCAGACAGUUUUCUCCUCCGUCUCUAUCUCCAUCUUGACAGUGUUUUUGGUCCGAGGGUAGACUAAAAUAGUCGCCCCUGGAAGAGAUUAAAUAUUAAAGAGUGAUAUCAAGCUAAAAAUAUCACCAUGAGACUGACAAGAAAAGGCUGUGUAGUCAACUGAUAAAUGCAAUGUCAUGGAACGUGGCAAUAGCUUAUUGUGAAUGCGUGGAAUGGAGCACCCAGAUGUCCUGAGCACUCGAAAGCAUGCAUGGGAGUGCACUCAAACAAAGUAUUUAUUUGCAUUAAUUUGACAUACACUCGGGAAAGGAGUCGGCUGUAUGCCAUUCAAACACUGUAAAAUGUGUCUGUGUAUGAGUGUGUGUGUGUGUGAGAGAGAGAAAGAGAGAGGGAGGGAGAGCGAGAGAGGGGAGGAGAGAGAGAGAGAGAGAGAGAGAGAGAGAGAGAGAGAGAGAGAGAGAGAGAGAGAGAGAGGGGGAGGGGUACCUGCUAAAUGAUUUAUAGAGAUGUAUUUAUUACCUGUCCUGUUCCAGUUUGAAUGGCUCCUCAGAGAUAGGAGAGAUGAGAGAUAAGAUAUCCCUUACAUUUACAUUUAGCAGACGCUCUUAUCCAGAGCGACUUACAGUUAGUGAGUGCAUUACAUUUUCACCUGAGACCCUUUACGGCAUAAUCCAAUGUUAGGGUUUCACACCUGAAGGAUGUCGGUGUAUUGAACUUCCUUAAGACAGUGGAUUUGUUAUGGAAUGACCCCAGCCUUGGUGUGAUUCACUGGUAGAACUGAAUGACUGAGGACAUCCAUCAUCAUUACAGUGCAGAGAUAGAGGGAGAGUGUUCCACGAAUAGCUGGCCUGAUCCAGAGUGUUAUGGUGUGUAGUUAGAUAAGAUACAACAGAUGACUACAAUGACUCCGUUGACUCAGAUGACUUGAAGUGGACUGUUGAUUGAUCAUCUUAAGGAAUUUCUGGGAGUUAUUCUCCUCUGCGUGUUAGGAAUGAUUCUGUAAUAUCCUUAUAGAAAAUCAAAGCAUUUCCCCCUCUGAUGUACAUAUUCUCUUUGAUGCUUGAUUACUGUCUUGUAAACAGAUGUGGUUGGAUAUUAGUAGUAGAUCUCUGCUGUAGAUUUUGAACCUGCCAUUUCAUAACAGUCACAGUCAGACUUUCCAUACUGGAAUGGCUGUUCUUUCCCUUGCCCUCCCUGCUGGCAGCUCCUGGGAAGAUCGCAAUGUCAUACUCCUCACGUCCUUUCUCCUCUCUCCUCAUCUCCUUCUCAAAACCCAUUGGAUGAGAAAGCCAGAGGUACCUCCCCUCUGACCUUCUACUCCAAUGGGUUUUGAGAAGGACGCGAGGAAUUUACAAUUGAGAUGUUCGCCCUGUCUGUGUGAGUAGGAUACUGACUGGGUGUACUGACUGACUGGGUCCAUGUCUGUGUCUCUCGCUGUGCUUUCAGAUAAAGCUGCUGGGGGUCUACUUUAUCUCCUCUCAAGAGUUCUUGGCGAAUGCCUACGUGCUGGCCGUGCUGCUGUUCUUCGCCCUCAUCCUGCAGAGAACCUUCCUCCAGGCCUCGUAUUAUGUGGCUAUCGAGACGGGCAUCAACUUACGAGGGGCUAUACAG